AAGAAGAAACGAGGUAGACCUCGCAAGGAACCAUGAGGAGCAUCGGCCCUCUAGUUCAGCAGUCAGCCGACUGUUUAAACACUCCGUUUAUGCUCCUUCCAGGCCACGCAAUGUUUCCUCUUGCAGUCUCAUGACAAUCCUAGCCUAGUCUGCCUGAUGGCCUGUUCAUUACUUCACCAACAUGCUCGUCUAUAUUCGCUGGCCCUCCUUCAAAUGCCUGUAUUACGACCGUUCGAUAAUUUGGGAGCCUAUCUCUUGUUGCAAUCGUCGCUGUUGCUCCCUGGUUUUCUCUUCGCGCGUAGUAUAUCGCAAAUUCGUUGUAUCCAUCAUGAUACCAUGUACCAGUCCGGUCCAAAUCCAAUUAGUGACGAUCGCUCUGUACACCAUUUCAUACGCAUGCAACAUGUGCUACGUCUGCGAAUGCUGUAGUUUCGGUGUUGUUACGGCCGCUUUGGUGCCCAGAAGGUGGAUAAAUGAGUCCUUCCUGACAUAAGAGAACCGUUCAAAUUACUAGCUGCCUUCCCGCGGCGGUCUGCAAGACUCUGAUUGGA